UCUUCUUUCUUCUUCUUUUGAAUCUUCUUGGUUAUAUCUACUAGUAUCUCACCUCUCUUUUUCACUUUUGCGGAAGGCAAAGAGAACGAAAGAGUCGAGAGAGAGAGAGACUUGCUUCCUCUGAACUCUCUUUCACUCUUUCUCUCUUCUUCUUCUUAGGUGUUUCUGGAUUUCAUUAAAGCUGAGUCCAUUGGUUGAUUCCAUGCGAUUAAGGCCUAAAAGGACUUGUUCUGGAGGUUUUUGUAUAAGUCAACUCUUUUUGUUCACUGACUAUUGUUUUCAAAGGGGUUUUUAGAGAGGUUUGGUUUAAGAAUUCGCACACCAAGUGUUCGACAAAAUGGCUGAACCAAAGAAAAGGUCUUCCCUUCAAGCCACCAAGCCCAGCAGAAAACCCAACAAGAAGAAAACUUUCCAGCUCAACCGCCUCCCUGGUUUAUCCGAAGAUUUGAAGACUAUGCGAAAGAUCCGUUUCGUUGUGAACGAUCCCUACGCUACUGACUACUCAUCCGGUGAAGAAGAUGUCGAAACCAACCGGAGAAGGAAACGUUACGUCUGUGAGAUCGACCGUCCUUUCUCUCAACCCACUGCUCAAGCAGAGUCCGAAAGCUCUUACGUUCAGGAGAGUAAUAACAGCAAAGCAAGACUCUCACCUUGUAGCACCAAAAAGGCCUCUCAGUCUCAGGUCGUUGGACGUUCUAGUGUCACGAAGCCUGUUGGUGUAAGGCAGAGGAAAUGGGGCAAAUGGGCUGCUGAGAUCAGACAUCCAAUCACCAAGACGAGAACUUGGUUGGGUACUUACGAUACACUUGAACAAGCAGCUGAUGCUUACGCUACUAAGAAGCUCGAGUUCGAUGCUUUGGCUGCUGCUGCCACUUCCGCUGCUGCUCCCUGUGAUUCAACUGCUUCAAAUGACUCUGUUUCUAUGCUCUCUGCCUCUAUCUCCAAUGUUGAAGCUGUGUCAAGCAUCGAGAAGGCGGGUUUUGGUUUCAACUUCGCGGAUCUACAGAUUCCUGAUAUGGGUUGCUUCAUUGAUGAGUCGUUGAUCCCAAAUGCUUGUGAGCUUGAUUUUCUCUUAACUGAAGAGAAGGACGACCAACUGUUGGAUGAUUACUGCGGUAUAGAUGAUAUGAACAUCAUUGGUCUUGAAUGUGACGGUCCGAGCGAACUUCCAGACUAUGAUUUCUCAGACGUGGAGAUCGAUCUUGGUCUCAUUGGAACCACCAUUGACAAGUUUGCUUUCGUGGAUCAUCUUGCGACAAGUACAACCACUCCUCUUAAUAUCGCGUGCCCAUAAGUUUUGCAGAUAGGUGUUGUUAUUAUUAGCUAUAGGAGCAAAGGUAAAAAAAAUGCUCUGUUUUUGUUCGGUUUUUGUCUAAAGUUAUUACAGUAUCGCAGAGGCAGUUAAUGUCGGGGUAAAGCAAGAAACCCUAAAGAGACAUAAGUUUUGUGUGUUGGUGUUACUACAAAGUUUUGUUAACGUAAUAGUUUUGAUGUUGUGAAGAAAGAUGGAGCGAGGUGAGAUCAAAAUUGUAAUCUCAGAGGGGUUCUAUUUUGUAAACUCUUUCAAUCUUUGUAAGUUUUGCCUAUUGAGUUGUUGUUAUGUGUAUGUGAAACCAAAGUGUUAUUGUUCUGUGUA